AAACAAGAAGCAUUUUUCAGAACGCUUUGCUGCAUUUUUGUUCGCAAAUUGUAAACUGAUUUAAACACACUUUCAGAAUGGCUCUCGCAAUGCAGAAAAGAAAUAAUGUACGCCUACCCCCAGAGGUAAACCGGGUGCUGUACGUGCGUAAUCUUCCGUACAAAAUUACCUCUGAUGAAAUGUACGAUAUAUUUGGCAAAUAUGGAGCAAUACGUCAAAUUCGUGUUGGCAACACUCCUGAGACUCGUGGUACUGCGUUCGUCGUCUAUGAAGAUAUUUUCGACGCAAAGAAUGCCCGAGAUCACCUUUCAGGAUUCAACGUUUGUAAUCGGUAUCUGGUCGUGCUGUAUUACCAAUCGACGAAGGCAUUCAAACAGCUCGACGUGGACAAGAAACAGGAGGAGCUGGAUACCAUGAAAGCGAAGUACAAUAUCAGCACGGACGAACUGAAAAAAUAGUUUUACGAAUAGAUGCUAAUAGGGUAUAAAUAAAAUGGAAACUAUUUUUAAGA